UGUGGGAAAUGUAGUUCAAGUGGAAUGAUUCUGCCUACACGUGACCAUGGAAACCUGGUGUGUAUAGAGCUAAUUCACAUGUUCUUGCUACAGAAACUCUUAACGAACAAACGCAUAUUUUGGUCUGUUGAACAAUGACUCAUCUGUUGGGCCGUCAGGACUGUAUCGACAGCCUUCGGAGAGAUCUUAUUGAUUUACAGGGAGCGGUGCUGGAUGUUUUUUCUAAGACUGGACCCGUCCGUUUCCCAUCAUGGAAGUUCCCCGAUAAACUGUCAUGUAAUCUGGAUUUGGUCAGUCUUUUAGAAGAGUAUGACUAUGUAGAUGGUGAGGAGGAAUUCAGUCAGCACUCCCACAUAGUCUUGCUAGAGUUGCUGAUUGACAGAUUAAUGCUUCUUCUUCAGAGUUUUAAUGUUCAUGCUGAGCUGUUGCUUGAGAAGCAGAGAGCUUUAUCAUCUGGUCAAAAUGAAUCCUCUGUUUCCAUCGGUCCUGUGGUCAAACGCUUCUGGAACAACCUACUUCAGCUCAGAAAUCAACAAGCACAAGAAAGCACCAGUGGACAGCAACCUCAAUCUCAGCGGAGUUCAUUCAUUACCAGAACAGCAGCAAACACUCCUACUGUUAAUACGCACAAUACACAGAGCACCUCCAUGACAAGCACCUAUAAAACAACCUCAAGUACCCCAGAUUCCUCUUCCCACCACAGAAGAGUGUCCACUUCAGGUUCCUGCGUGUCUCCAUCCACUCACACUGUGAGCUGUCAGACGGUAGAGUCGGCCCUGGUGCCCUGUGAGGCCUGUGCUUGUGUUCAGGCAGUGAUGAAGGAGAGCAGUGAUGCUCUAGUGUCUCUUUGCCAGUCUCUGGGUUUGCCUUGCUCCAUGCAGGGCUUCCUGGAAGCUGUGGAGGAAACACAGCAGCUGGGCCGCUUGUCUGCAUGUGACAUUUCCCAGUGGGCAAGUGAGCAGCGUAAGGAUAUUAGCCGUGUUGGGAAACAUGUUCUGGAGGUGAGAGAAACAGUUGAGCCACUGAAGAAGAAGCUGAAAGAGACAGAGAUGGAGCGAGAGAAGCUGAGAAAACAGCUAGCAGAUACGAUCAAAAGAGAGAAGGAGGAGAGGAGGAAGAUGGAGGAGGAGUGUGAGCGCAGAAUGCAGGAGGUAAAGGUCAAGGGAGAAGAAGCAGUAAGGAGGCUAAAGGAGGAGCAGGAGGAGUUAAAGAGAGGUGUGACGUUUUUAGAGGAAAAAUAUUCUGAACUCACAGCAGAACUGAAUUUGCAGACAGAAGCAAAACAGAGUCUUGAAUGUGAGAGAGCUGCUCUACAGGAGCAAAUUCAUCAUCUGCAUAAUUCACAAGAGACCAUGUUAAAAGAGAUGGAGGAGAGCAGGAAAAACCUGGAGAAGGAGCUCAGAAGUACACAGACACUGUUAGACAAAGAAAGUGCCAAAAAACACAGUGUGCAACACCAGCAUGAGGCUCUUCAGGUGAAGCAGACGGCUCUGCGGAAGCAUCUGGAUGUGCUGGUUCAGCAGACUGAGGAUCUACAUGGCAGUCUGGAAGAAUGCGAGGAUGAAAAAGCUGAUCUUGCAAACAAACUCAAACAGAUCAUACAAGAAAAAGACACGCUUCAGGAGCAACUCACACAGCAGCAGUCCCGAUGUAGUUCACUGUGUAUUGAGAAACAGAGGCAGCAGACACAGAUCACAGAACUGGAGGAGAGUGUGUCUCAUCUGAAAGAGAUGCUGGAAGAAGCUGCCCAGAGAGAGAGGAUACUGGUGGCCUUUCCUGAGCUCAAUCCACAAGCAGCACCACAGACUACAGGUGAUGUGAUGUGUGACAUGGAGCAGCAGCUGAAGGCAAACUCAGUGAGGAUCAGGGUUCUGCAGCAGGAGAACGCCUCCCUGAGUAACAGUCUGGCCAGACUGAAGGACAGAGAGGAAAAACAAAGAUCUUCAGACUCUGGGAUAGUAGAGAUGGACAGAGAAGCUGUAGCGAUGGGACCUCUGGACAGCUCUAGCACCUCCUCUCCUACCUCCCCUUCAUCCAUUCUUCAUCAUCAGACUCUCUGCCUCUCUCUCCACCAAGAUGUGGAGGAAAGAUACAUGAACAUUCGUCAGGCUGCUCGCAUCCGGUCUGCAGGCACACGUCGCAGGAGGAAGUGAUGUCACUUAACAGACUGGAGACGUUGACCUUACAAUGGACAUUUUAUGAAUGUUGAAACAAGCAACAACGAAUGUUGUAUGAACUGGAUCUUCAAAACCAUGCUGUUCAGCAAAUGGGUUGGAAAAUAUUUUUGCUGGUUAAUAUUUCAGGCCAAAAUGAAGAAGCUGGCUGACUUUAUGUGAGGACUGUAUCAAAAUGAAAUUAUUUAUGUUUUGUUAGUAUCAUUACUGUUUGUGAACACACACAUAUGGGUUACCAGCUGCAAGAAGGAACAUGACAAUUGGGAAAGUAAAUUGAGAAUCUGAUUCCUUUCCUAGUAAUGCCCUCCUGCUCUCAGUUUUCUCUUUUUAAAAAAAAAAAAAAAAAACACAUUAUGGUCACCAUACUACUAAAAGGUGAAUUAUAAAAACGAAAGUAAAAAUCCUGCUCAUCUUGCGUCAUAUUUCCCGCACUGUGUUUGAUUGGCUCCCACACUUUUCUCUAUUUGAAUCUAACAGUAUCAAGGUAGAUAGCUGGAAGGGGAGGGCUGGAUAGUAUUAUAAGUAUAAGUAAGUAUAGGCAUUUUUUGGUCAUUUUACAGGGCAUGCAAAUUUGGAAGACAUUUGAGGUCCUUUUUGUAACCAGCCAGGUGUGAAUGAAGCCAUGCUUCUGAGGCACUAUAGUGUUUGUGGAUGGAAGAAUCGUGCGUGUGUGCAUUAGUAUGGGUUUCUCUAGUAUUUUAAAGCUCUUUUAUUUUGAAUUGAUUUAAAUAUAUUUUAAAAGUCUUUCCAUCUGUGACUUUGGCGAAGGAAAUGUACUUUGUUCAACUGAACUCACAACACUUUUUACACACUCACAAUUUACAGGAGCCUGAAGAGACAAUCAUCUCAGGGCUGGUCACUGAGGCAUUAUUGACCUUUGAAUAUUUUUGUUCAUGUGGUGCAACACUCUCUCUCUCGAAUUCCAAACUGUUCCAUAUUAAAUGCAAGGAGUGCAGAAAAAGCUGCAGGUGUGAAAGCAUUCAAAACCGAGCCAAGGCCAAUGUAACCAUCAAACAGCCCAAUGGAACAGAGCAGAGAGUGGUGUUAGAUGAUACACUGCUGCACUCCAUUGUAAGCUUUAAGAGGGAGGGAUACUGUGACAGUCAGCAGCUAGAGGAGCGUCUGCUGAGAGCUGAGAGAAUGACUGUAGUCUGUGUGAAUGAUGAGACUCGGCGUGUGCAAAUAGAAGCAGUGGAAAAAGCAAAGACAGUGGCAAAAUCCCUUUUUUCUAGGUUGAGAUGUUGUGUGACAUAAAGCCUUGUCCAUUAAUAGCUGCAAAAAGUUAUUUUCACUUCAAUGAAAGAUUAGUCUGUCUGUUAAAAACAUGUUCAUCACAGAAGAGAUGUAUUCGUCAUUGUAUGUAUGAAUUGCAUUUACGAAUUAUGCAUUUACUACAUUAUUUAAUUAAUCAUCCCUCCAUUGACUUGGCAACAUGCAUUCAGAACAUUACUUCAAGAACAAUACAACUUCUAUAAUUUCUACAGCUGUUUCUUGCUCAUUAAUGUUCAUUAUUAUGUAUUUCCUUUAGAUUUGUUUUUUCCCUGUUUGUGUAUGAUGUAUGUUUAUUGCAUAUGCCAGUAGAAUGUAAAUUUGACUUCAGUGACAGUUUUGACAAAGGAGAACAUCAAAACAGCUAAAUAACAUGAACUGACAACAGAGAGUCUGGGCUGUCAACACCCAGAAUAUUAUAA